UUUGAAGACAACAAAACGGUAUUCGGAAAUUUAAAAAUAACUAAAAAAAUUAAAUUUCGAAUCAUGUAUAAACUAAUUUUGGCUGUAUUCUUGAUUGUGUAUGGGGCUGCUGCAAACGGAGAGGUCCAAAAUGUAGCCACCUACAGCAACAAUUCCAACUAUAAUUCGUCACUUCGCACUGAUGAGUAUAUCAAUUUGAAUAGACAACAGCAUGUUAAAAAUAUCCAGGAUUAUGAUAACCAAUUGGAAAUAUUUAAACAAUCAUAUGCAUCAAGUCUUAAUACCAUUAACAUACAACUAGACAUGUUGGUCGAUGUUCAGGUUCAAACAGAUGACAAAUUGAAUCCUUUAGAAAUUCUAAGCGAUUUAAGCAAAAAAUGUGUUUCCAAAUAUCGUUCCUCCAUACCAACAGUGGCUGCUACUAAAUCACUAAUUAAUGGUUGUGUUACCACUGCCAACAGCCAACUUAAUAGUAUGCUAAAUAGUAAUCUUAAUACCAGAAACUACUUGGACAGCUAUUACAAAAAUAACUUUGAAAAGGACAUUGCUACUUGCCAAAGAACAUAUGGUUCAUUACCUUUAAAUUACACCAUGUGUGUUACAAAUGUGGUAACCACCACCAACAGUUAUACAAUUAACAAUCAAAAAACCUUUGCCACACAAAUGAAUGCCGCCCAGUGUUCGGCUACAGCUAAUAUCAAGAAAGCUUUGGAUUGCAGUUUUACAGCUCAAAAUAAGACCAUCUCCUCAAUUGCUGAAGCCAAUACUUUGAUUAACAAGUGUCUGGUGGGUGAAGACGACUGCAAACAGUGUAACCUUUUCAAUAACUGCUCGGAUGUCCAAUAUAUAAAAUCUACUGAAGUCUAUUAUAACAGUAGGACUAUGGCAAAUCCUUUCUAUGGACGUAGUGAUAUUACUGAUUGCUUGUUAUUGAAAAUUAUUUCAUAAACAUGUAUACAACCUGUCACAGAGUCUGUAUGAAAGUGAAAACCUUAGUAUAUGAAAAAUAUUUGUGGA